AUGAAUGGAAAAAGUCAACAUUUUCUUGUUAGUCGAUUGUUAGAAGAUAAUACCAAUAAUAGAUUUGAUAAUGAAAUAUCGUCAUCAUCAUCAUCAAAAAAUCCAAUCGAAAAUAGUUUAGAUGAUAUUUACAAUGUGGUUGAUGAUGAUGAUGAGAAUAGUGAUGAUGAAUAUUCACCACAAAUCAAUAUGGAUGAAUUCAUUCGCAAUAAUUCGUAUAAACUACUCGCCAAAUCUGACGAUGAUGAUGGUGAUGAGGAACAGUUUGAUCAUUCGGAUCAAUCAAUCGAUCCUACGGGUGAAUUUCUAUCUUCAACUAAAUAUCAUCAUACACAAACAUUAAUACCUGAAUUACACAAUAUUUAUAGCCAACAAUAUCAUAAAUCUGAAAUGAGCACUAAUCAAAUUCUAUUGAAUUCAUUGAAUAUGCUUUGGUCAAAUCCGUGUGCUACAUUGAAUUCUCCUGAAUUAACAAAACUUUUUAAACAAUAUAUAGAAUUAACCAGUCAGAAUAUAUCAACUACUACAAGACUGUCAUCAAUGCCUACAAUGACAAUGACUUCUACAAUGCCAAAAAUAAUGAAUACUUCCACUAAUACUUCAACUAUCAAUAUGGAUUUCAUGAAAAAUAAUGAAGGAUCAAUGAAAAAUCAUGGUUCCACAAAUACUAGUCAUUUCACUCCUCAAUCAAUACCUCCUUCGAAUUUAGUCAAUAUGAAACCUGUCAAAGAAAUAAAUCAUUCCGCAAAUAAAUUUACUUUAGAUUUUACUAAAGACAAUCUAACUACUAUCAAUAAUGAUAAUAGUAAUAAAUUUCAUUCUUACAAUCAACACUCUUCACUGUAUAAUCAAGCUGAAGAAAAAUCAAUAAAAAAUAGAAGGGAAAUAUUCAAUACCGUUGUUCAACAGUCCAACAGUAAUACCAGUUAUAUUACCAUGGCAACAGCAACAAUAACAACCACUACUACUACGACUACCGCUAAUCAUAAUAAUCAUAAUCCUAGUGAUAAUGGUAAUGAUGACGACAGACUGUUGUCACCAACUAUUCAUACAAUGACAAAACGUAGAAAACGUCGUAUACUAUUUAGUAAAUCACAAACUGCUAAACUUGAAGAGUGUUUCAAUGAACAAAGAUAUUUAACAGCUUCAGAAAGAGAACAUUUAGCUAGAAUAUUGAAUCUGACACCAACACAAGUUAAAAUUUGGUUUCAAAAUCAUCGUUACAAAAUUAAACGUGCCACACAAUCUGAUGAAUUUCCAUCAAGUACAUUCAUUAAACGAUCUGAUAAAACAAUACCUAUAACAGAUUUCAAUUCACCAACUUCUUGUAAUUCACAAUCUUUAACAACUCAUACAAAAUGGCAAUCAUUAACACAUUAUGAAAGAAAAUCUUUAUUAAAUGAAAUGUAUAAUUUUAAUGAAUCAAACAAAUCAUCCAAUUAUCAUUAUUAUGCUAAUCGAUUGAAAACUCAGCAUUGUGCUGAUUUUAAAGAAAUAAAUGAAUAUAAUAAACAACAAUAUAAUUCAGAGCAUUUAACUCAACUGACCAGCUGUACUGAUUUAUUUCAAAAAUCAUGGAUAACCGAUUGGGUGAAAAUGAUUUCCAAUUCAUAUACAAAUGGUAAUGUAAUGAGCAUGCAAAAUACACAUCAUUUGCAUAAAUCAAAAGAAUUCGGCAAUAAUUAUGAUGUGUCUAUGAAAAUAAUGAACAAUGUGAUUGAUCGAUGUCAUGACGAAGAAUCACGGAUUAAUCAAACUGAGAUCAGCACUAUAGAUAGACUAUAUAAAAUGGAACAAUUCAAAUCAUCCAAACAUUCAAAUGAUACAUUAUCAUCUCAAAAAUUAUUAAAAAUAUAUCAACCUAUUUUAGAAACAAACCAGUAG